UCGUGGCGUAUGGACGUGAGCAACGCUAGUGGAGGUAAAUAAAUGCACAGUAAGAAAUUGCUCACAAAACCACCACACAAGAGUAAAAUAAAUAAAAGAAGAAUUAAAAUAUUUUACACACAAUGAGAAUGAAACAGUGAUUCUAGUUGGAAACGAAAAAAAGGAAGUUGAAAAAGUGGUGGAGUGGAAGAAUACAAACAGACGGACGGACGACAUACACAACAAAGAAAUACGAAUAAAAGUAAUAACAACACAGCCAGCAGCAAAAGAGGAAGUGUGCUGUAAUAGCAGCAGCAGCUUAACUGCACUGCCAAUGUUUAGCGCAUAACAAAAGAUAUUAUUUAUUAAAGCAGACAAAAACAAGACUAAAAUGAAGUGAAAUAAAUGAAAGAAAUAAAAAAACAACAACAACGACGAUAACUAAAUCCUAUAGGAAAAUUAAAGGAGAAGAGACAUAUUCAUUUAUCGAUUUUCAAACGCGCAACGCAGUAGUUAUAGUCAACUAAACGACGAAAGCGGUUGUGAAAAAAUUUGUAAAAAUACAAUAUUUUUUUAGCAACUUAGAAAAAGUGUGCAAAAUGCUAAAAUGAAAACAAAAUAAAUUAUAUACUAAAUACUUAACAAAAAUUCUUAAAUUAGCCAUAAAUAUAAUAUAAAAACAAAAGCAAAGUGAAUUGUUUAAACAAACAAAAAAGUCUGCAAAAAUAAUGAAAAAAAGUUCAAUGCAAGAGAAAAAGGCGUGUAGUAGUGUAUAAGUAAAAAAAUGCUUAAUUGAUAACAACAACAACAAUAAUUGACACAAACAACAAUAUUUAUAACAUUUAAUAAAAAAUUAAAAAAAAAACAACAAAUAAACAAAAUGUGGAUACCAUCAAACAACAAAUACGGUGUCGCUAUACACAAUUGGCAUGGUGAUGUUCGUUUUGGUCUUCCAUUAGAUGUUGGAGAUUCGGUAGAAAUUUUAGAAGAAUGUCCAAAAUGGUUUCGCGGCACUUGUCCACGAAAAUCACGAGCUGUUGGAUUAUUUCCAAAAACAUAUAUACACAUAAAAGACUUAUCAAAGAUAGACCCAGUGGUAGCAGAAUGUACACAAGUUUUAAGGGAAUGGUCGGAAAUAUGGAAAAAAUUAUUUGUGGAUCGAGAAACUUACAAAUUUCACACAUUACGUAAAGUAAUGCUAUCGAUUUUAGAGAGUAGGCGUGAAUUAUUGGGAGCUACUUUAACACAAGAUCAAACAUUAGAACUACAAAUGACAGUCGUUUCCAAAAUCGACUGGGGCAAUAGAAAACUUGGUCUGGAUUUAGUACCUCGAGUGGGGCCUUUGGCAGUGGAUCCUCAUAAUAUUGGUAUAGUUGGUUUACACAAUGUUCAUGUAACCAGUGCUGAUAAUGCAAAAGCAUCAUCUAGUCGUGGUACAUUACGGCGUAAAACGCAACGAAAAAUACUUACACAUCAUUUAUAUUUUUGUAUGAGAGAUUUUGGUUAUCGCAUUGCGGGAGGCGAUGAUGCAGAAGUUUACUUUUACCUCUAUGAUGCCAAUAAUAUGAAAGCAUUAUCAGAAAGAUUUUUGGUCAAAAUCUCUAAAGAUGGCUAUUCCAAUUAUAUGGAAAGAAUGAAUAGUAAUUGCACAGUAUUCACAGAUUUAGGUGCGGCUGAUUUAAAUGAUGAUCUCUAUUUGGUGGCUGUUGUUAUGCGUGUAGGCAAGAUUUUAUCUUCUGAUCCGGUUAAGAAAUCUGAAAAAUCCAAUAAUAAUGCUUGCUAUAAUGGUCCUCCCGCAUACCGGCGACCUUUUGGUGUGGGUGUACUAUCAUUGUCGGAUUUUUGUCAUUUUGAUAGUACCAUAGAGACAGAGGAAAAAGAGCACAAUAUAAAAUUGGUUUAUCAUAAUGAUGAGAAGGAUUUUCAUCAAUUACCGGAGCUAAUAAUUAAGAAAUCGAGUGGAAAAUAUCAGCCGAUAAGCACUAGCAGUCAAAGUAAUCAAGGUGUCGUGGUAUCUCUGAAACUCUUACAUGGAGGCUUGGGUCAGGCACGCCAAGAACAACCCUUACUCUUUCAAGGUAGUACCAUUACACGUAAAAUGGGUUUUCCUGAUGUCAUAAUGCCCGGUGAUGUACGAAACGACAUGUUCAUUACCUUAGAGCGGGGAGAAUUCGAAAGAGGUGGUAAAAAUACGGCUAAAAAUAUACUUGUCACAGUGGUCGUAUUUGAUGUUGCUGGCAAUAUCCUUACGGAAUGUUUAUGGGGUGCUUCUGGUAUGGAUUCACAAAAUUGUUACAAAUCAAUGAUUCUGUAUCAUCAGAAUGCUCCCUGUUGGAAUGAAAUGUUACGUUUAAGUGUACCCAUUGACAAGUUUUCUACCGCUCAUGUACGUUUUGAAUUUCGUCAUUGUUCUACGAGAGAAAAAUCAGAUCCAAAAUUAUUUGGAUUUAGUUUUGCUCGUCUAAUGGAUCCCAGUGGUGCUACUUUGGCAGAUGGCCAGCAUGAAUUGUUUGUGUAUAAAUGCGAAGACCCAUCGAAGUUAAUGACAGCCAACUAUUUGAUAUUACCUUGUAAGCCAAAAGAUCCACAUGCUAAGGUGGAGUGCAGUUCAAUAUUCCAUAGAAGUUCGAAAGAAGUGUUCGUAAUGAGAUCUUUAUUAUGUUCCACCAAACUGACGCAAAAUGCUGAUUUACUGUCACUAUUACAGUGGCGUGCUCAUCCAGAAAAAAUACAGGACUCCUUAACUGGCGUAUUACGUUUAAAUGAUGAAGAACUAGUGAAAUUUUUACAAGAUGUACUCGAUGCUCUCUUUGCCAUGUUUUCCAAUGAAGAGGGCAAUAGCACACAACAUUCUGGUCUGGUAUUUCAUGUACUUGUCAGUAUAUUUAGUCUGUUACAAAGCAAUAAAUUUCAACAUUUUCGUCCCGUUAUGAAUGAGUACAUUGAGAAUCAUUUUGCAGCUGCUUUAGUGUAUAAAGGUCUGAUAACAUCUGUAGAGCAUAUGGCUGUGUUUAUGACAAAAGCAGAACAUCCUGAUCCGUUUCAGAAGUGUUUCGGUUCAUUAGAAUAUAUUUUUAAACUUUUGAUUCAGUCUAGAAAAUUAUUUGCUCGAGCUACUGGUGGUCAAUAUGAGGAUUCAUUUCGUAGAGAUUUACACUCAUUAUUUACUGCUUUAAAUGGUAUGCUGGCAGUACCUUCAUAUGAUGUUAUUAUUCCCACACAGGAGGCUUUAUUAAAUUCCACUGGCGUUGUAUUGGAACAAUUAAAAGAUACUCUGCCAGCACCAGAAUUAGGUAUGCUGGCUCGGAAUAUGCUAGAUGCAAUACCCAGGGAUGCACCAAUACGUUUGGUGCAGGCAAAACUUCAGGCUGUAAAAGAUUUAGUAUCAGGUGAACUAUUCCACGAAGACGAUUCCCGAACUGUUAUCCUAUCUGUCGCCUGUAAACACUUACGCAUGCAUCUAAGCCGUCGUGAUGAACUCAAGCUUUGUGCUGAAAUUCUAUCGGAAAUUCUAACACAUCUCUACGAUUUGCAAAAGGAACAAAAAGAUAAAGUUACAAAUACCUUGCAGCAUGACUUGGACUCGUUGUGUAAAAAUAUUCUAGGAAUUUUAAUUAAAACCAUUAUUAUUAUUUUGGAAGGAACAAAUUCUGUGCUGCCACAAUUAGUGGCGUGCUUAUUAGGUCUCCUUCAGCUUUUAGAUGAAACACAUUACAAACGUUAUUGGGACGAGUUAAGCCCCAAUAAAGAUCAACGAGAUCUUAAGGAAUUUUUAGGCAAAUCAUUAUUAGUAUUUGAAGAAUUAUUAUCACAAGAUUGGUUGGUAUUUCCCACAGAUUGGUUAAUCAUGAAAUUGGCCUGUAAUGAUGUACUACGCAAAUCCUUGGAAGAAUUUGCCAAACCUUUGGUAUAUCGCUUUUUGGGCUCAAAAUCAUUUGAUUCGCAGCUGUGGUGGUCUUACUUUAGUUUAGCGGUAACAUUUUUAACGCAGCCAUCACUACAAUUGGAAAAAUACCGUGAACCAAAAAGACGCAAAAUUUUACAUUCUCAUGGUGAUAUGCGCGUUUUAAUGGGUUUCCAAAUACUGAGCAUGUGGUCACAACUGGGAGAACAAAAACUACAUUUUAUACCCUCAAUGGUGGGUCCAUUUUUAGAAGUCACCUUAGUACCAGAACCGGCUUUAAGAAAAGCAACAUUAACAGUAUUCUAUGACAUGAUGCAGUGUGAACAGAGUGCUCGUGGUUCUUUUCGUUUAGUUGAAAGUGAACUUAUCGAUAAAUUAGAUUUACUAAUAAGUGAAAAUAAAGGCGAUGAUGAAUAUCGUGAACUUUUUAGUACCAUGGAACAUCUAAGUUUAGUUCUUCUCGAAAAAGUUCAAAAUGAAAAUCCAACCUGGAGAGAUGCUGGUACGGCUUUUAUUGCUUCUGUAACACGACUAUUAGAACGUUUAUUAGAUUAUCGUAGUGUUAUGCAGGGUGAGGAGAAUCGUGAUAAACGCAUGUCAUGCACAGUCAAUUUGUUAAAUUUCUAUAAAAAUGAAAUCAAUCGUAAAGAAAUGUAUUUAAGAUAUAUUUACAAAUUACAUGAUUUACACUUACAAGCGGAAAACUAUACUGAAGCAGGUUUUACUUUAAAACUCUACGCGAAUAUGUUAACGUGGGAUCGUGAGUGUAUAGUGGCACUGCCUAACGAUACUGUAGGAGAACCGGAAUGGCAGCGUAAAGAAAAACUGUAUCAUCAGAUAUUAAAGUAUUUUGAUAAAGGUAAAUGUUGGGAAAAAGGUAUACCCUUGUGCAAAGAAUUAGCUUUACUAUAUGAGACCCGCCGUUUCGAUUAUAAUAAACUGAGUGAAAUUUUAAUAUUAGAAGCAAAAUUCUUUCAAAAUAUUUUAACCCAACUACGACCAGAACCGGAAUAUUUCAGAGUGGGCUUUUAUGGUUUAGGAUUUCCUUUAUUUGUAAGAAACAAACAAUUUGUUUAUCGCGGCUUGGAAUAUGAACGCAUUGGCGCAUUUACACAACGCUUACAAACCGAAUUUCCUACUGCACAAAUUUUAACUAAUAAUAGCCCUCCGGCCAAUUCUAUCCUAACUGCUUCGGAACAAUAUAUACAAAUUAGUUAUGUCCGUCCCGUAGCGGAUGCGCAAGCUUUAAAAUCUGCCAUGGUUACAGUUCCCGAGAAAAUCGCCCGUUUUUAUGAAGUAAAUGAUGUUAGUCGCUUUAUAUCAGAUCGUCCCAUCUACAAGGGUACUGUAGAUAAAGAUAAUGAAUUCAAGUCAUUGUGGAUAGAACGUACUACACUCGAUAUAGCCUGUCCAUUGCCUGGCAUAUUAAGAUGGUUUGAAGUAAAACAUAAAUCAGUGCAGGAGCUAACGCCAGUUGAAUUUGCUUGCGAAACUAUGAACAAUGUGGGCAAAGAACUUUGGGAUUUAAUAGUGCAAUAUCGCAAUGAUCCUAAACGUAACAUAAACCCAUUUUCUAUGCGUUUACAGGGUAUUAUUGAUGCUAAUGUUAUGGGUGGUAUAAGUAAAUACCAGGAGGCCUUUUUUACCGAACAGUUUCUUAAAUCACCCCAAGGCGAGGGGCAACAGGCCAAUGUACAAAAACUAAAGUCAUUAAUUUUGGAAAAAAUACAAAUUUUAGACCAGGCCCUUGAACUGCAUGGCCAACUUGCACCUCCUGGUGUCCAGCCAUUGCACAAUCGCUUGUUGGAGAGAUUUUCUCAGUUGAAGCAAAGCCUUUCGGGCUUAGGCCGUCUAAAGAGGCAAUAUUCUGAAAGUAUUGUGAAUACUCCGCUACCACCAUUGCCUACAGAAAAACGAACUAUGAGUUUGGGCACCAACAGUGGUCCCACCUCACUGAUAUCGGCCUCAAAUUAUUAUGAACACGAUGAAAUAUAUACCAGGCCCGGUGAAACAAGACCUGUCGAACCCUGUAAUUAUAACAAUUCCUAUCAAACCUUAAGUAAGGAAAAUUUGAAUAUUGUUGGUGAUAUAAGAACAGAACCACAAAAUGCUCCUCCUAUACCUAAUCGUCCACGAUCUCAAAACUUCAGUUCAAACAUGUCCUUGGAUGGGCCUGAAGUUCCACCCAAACGCAAUGUAAAUUUGCCGGGAUCUCCAGGCGCACCCCCUUUACCGCCAAGAGGCAUAACACCUGACAAACGAGCCUCAAAUCCCAUGAUAUUUAAUGAUUUUUCUACAGAUUCUCCUGUAUCUAGUAUGCCACGCAGACCACAUUCCACAUCGCAUCAGCAUAAUCAAAAAUAUGCUGUUGUCGACAUUAGUUUCGAUGAUCCCGAAGCUGAUCAGGCUCCACAUUCUUUAAAUCAUACGCAUAACUGUCAUAAUUCUGAUUUAAAUCAUUUAAAUGUCGCAUAUGUUCCCAAUGAUUUUCGAGAUUCAGGAAUAUCAACUGCAAGUGCACACGAAUUGAAUCAUUUAAAUAAUCUAAGUGAAGAAUCUUCCUCAAAUUCCUUAAGUACCAUUCAUCAUCGUGAUCAUUGCCGUAUGUCUUCUAAUGGCAGUAUGGAUGGUUCAUACGCCGUCAACUCAUUAAAUAUAAAUCAACGUGAGAAUUCAACCAGUUCAUUUGAUUUAGAAGAAGUGCCCAUGCCGCCACCACCUAUACCCCCAAAAUCGUUAAACAUCAUAGCCACUCAUGAGUCAUCCAUUGAAUCAGGCCCAUCUACACCACCGCCUUUAACAAAUCAGGCACAAAACUCAAAUCAUUCCCACUUACACCAUCAUCAUCACCACCUUCAUCAGCAACAGAAUGGUCACAAUGAUGGCUAUGUUUCACCCAAAGCCACAUCUGUGACUGUAUCCCACGAUAACAAUGAAGCUCAGGGUGAUGUUGGCAACACUUUUUGAGUUACAAUAUGUCGCUGCCACCAAUCACCAACAUCUACAUCUAGUAUAGAAGUUAAUACAACUACAGAAACAUCAUCAUCACCUACAACCUCACCACCACCAACCAAAACUAUGUUUACCGAACAAGCAGUCGUACAUGCAUCCCAAUCAAUGACUUCCUUAACAUUAAAUACGAACACCACACAAUCACCCAAUCAAAAUCUUAAUCAA